AUGUUCCCCUCGGGUGAGAACCUCCGGGUGGCUGAUCAGGGUCGGGAAGCGCCCUGCGUAGCCAGCGCCCCUGCAGGCGGCUUGGCGUGCAAGCCGUGCCCGCUCCUCCGCCCCGCCUGUGGCUGUGCAGAGGCAUCGCUAGUAGAGCUGGAUCCGCUGGUGGUCACGCUGAGGCAAAAGGUGUGCUGCAGGGAGAGCGGGCAAUGCGGUGGUGGCCAGCUGCCCGAGGGGGGGGCUGGCGUGUUUGCAGCCCUGCCGCUUGGCCACCUUUCUCCAGAAGCGCUGCAUGCCCGACAUUCGCUGCCAUGCACCACCGGUUGCCUUCUGCAGGUGCAGCGCGUGGAUGCGGAAAUCCUGGAGGCGGUGCGGGUGCAGAGCAGCAGCGGGGCGAGGGCGCGGGAGGAGCUGGCGGGUGCGCGCGCCGCCAUCGAGGACCUGUUUGCCCGCAUCCACGAGAUCCAGCGCAAGGCGGAGCAGAGCGAGCUGAUGGUGCAGGAGAUCUGCAGGGACAUCAAGAAGCUGGACUACGCCAAGAAGCACCUCACGGCAACGAUCACUGCGCUGCGCCGCCUCUCCAUGCUCGUCAAUGCCGUAGACCAGCUGCAGCUGGCUGUGGAGCGGCACGAGUACGCCGAGGCGGCGCACCUGCUGGAGGCUGUGCAGCAGCUGUCCUCCCACUUCCAGUCGUACGUGCACAUCCCCAAGGUGGCUGAGCUCAAGGGGCGGCUGACGGCGCUGGAGCGCAGCCUGCAGAUCAACACGAUGCGCGAGUUUGAGCUGCUGGGCGAGGAGACGCCCAGCCCGCUGCUGCUGGAGCGCCUGCGGUCCUGCUGCAUGGUGGUGGAGGCGCUGGGGUACCAGGCUCGCGACGAGCUGAUAGACUCGGUGUGCAAGCGGGAGAUGGGGGUGUACACCCAGAUAUUUGCCACCAUCGGCGACACCGCGCGCCUGGAGCGCACAGCCAACCGCUACAAGUGGCUGCUCAAGCGGCUGGAGGCGCGCAAGGACAUCUGGGCCAUCUUCCCGCCCAGCUGGCACGUGCCGCAGCUGCUGUGCAUCAUGUUCUGCAACAUUAGCAAGACCAUGCUGGCGGAGAUUCUGGACCUCAAGCUGCCCCAGCAGGUGGACAACCUGCUUAAGGCGGUGGAGGCCACCAACAUCUUUGAGAGCGAGAUGGCGCGGCGGUUUGAGGGGGCGGUGGACCGGGAGCCCAGCAGCAGCGAGGAUGCAGAGGUGGGGGCCGACGGCGGCGCCGCGACGGCGGAUGAUAGCACCCCGGCCUCGCGGGUACGGCAGCGGUACGAGAAGCUGGCGCGAGAGAAGCAGCGCACCGCGGAGGGGGAGUCGCCAGAGCGGCGCAAGGAGCAGCACGCCACCUCGGUGGCAGUGGCCAAGACCAACUUCAAGGGCAGCAUUUCCUCCGUCUUUGUGCCAUACCUCGGCGUGUACUUUGAGCAGGUGGAGCGAGACCUGAUGGCGGCGCUGGAGCGCCUGAUGCGGGAGGAGAGCUGGCAGCCGCUGUCGGGCGACCUGCGGGUGCUGCGCAGCAGCAACGAGCUGGUGGAGGCGCUCAAGGCGGAGAUGCGGGACUGCACGGGGAGGGUCACGCGCGGGCGCCCGCUGCUGGAGCUGGCUGCCGUGUUCCAGCGCGUGUACCGCGCGUAUGCGGCCCGCCUGGUGGCGCGCCUGCCCAAGCCCUCCUCCGGCAGCCUGGGCGCAGCGGCGGUGCUGGGCGCCAGCGACUGGUAUGUGCGGCUGAGCGACGACGACAUCGGGGUGGUGUGCCUCAUCGCCUCCACCGCGGAGCACUGCCAGGAGAUGGUGCGCCAGCUGGCGCGCGCGCUGGCCGCCAAGCUGGAGCCUCGGGAGCUGGCAUCCAGGGUGGACAUGAGCGAGGAGGAGGACGAGUUCCAGACUGUGACCACGCAGUGCCUGGCCUCGCUGCUGCUGGGCAUCGAGACCAAGCUGGAGGGCGCGCUGUCGGCCAUGGCGCGCAUCAACUGGGCGGGCAUGGAGAUGGCGGGCGACCAGAGCGAGUACGUCGGCUCCUUCCGCCGCGUGCUGCUGGAUGUGGGCGCGCGGCUGGGCCCUGCCAUGCCGCCCAACUACUUCCGCUUCUUCUGCGACCGCCUGCUGCGCUCUUUUGCGCCGCGCUUCUACGAGAACGUCUUCCGCUGCCGCAAGAUCUCCGACAUCGGCUGCCAGCAGGCGAGCAGGAUGCGGCUGGACACGGAGGUGAUCAAGGGCCAGCUGUCGGACCUGGCCAAGGCGGGGGGCCAGCUGGAUGUGGCGGGGGUGCAGUCGUUUGCCGCCGACGUCAACGCGCAGCUGGGGCGCGCCGAGGCGGUGCUCAAGGUGGUGGGGUCGCCCCCCGACGGCAUGGUGGACACCUUCUUCGAGCUGCUGCCCCACGGCUCGCCCUCCGACUUCCAGCGCAUGGCAGACCUCAAGGUGCUGAAGCGCGGCGAGUACCAGGCUGUGCUGGAGCAGUUCAACCGCCGCAUGGGACGCCCGCUGCUGUCGGGCGACGGCGUGGCGGUGCGGUCUGCCGCCUCGGGCUUCAGCCUGCCACAGAUGCAGAUGCCGCGCCUGCAGUCGGGCACCAGCAACGCGGCGGCCAAGGCGGCGCAGGACGUUGCGGCGCGGCUGGGCAAGCUCAACCCCAACCUCACCGCCGCCAAGGCCUCGGCGGCGGCGGCGGGGGAGAGUAUGCGCGAGACCAUGCGCGGCCUCAAGUCCAAGAGCCUGCGCUUCAUGCAGCGCGACUAG